AUGCUCGUUGGUUGGGGCGCCUUCACCGUCGCGCGCACCGGCCCUUCGCAACCCGUCGCCCAGGAUACGCACGAAUGGGACCGAGCCGUCACCGUAGCACCUAUCUUAUCUGUUCUGCCAUUGGCUGCAAUCACCUGGGUUGCUCCCCGACGACGAGAUCAUCGGCCUCGAGCCACACAACCCGCUGCUUGA